GGAGGAAGAGGAAGCAGACGCCGAGGGUGGUGGGGCUCACUCCUGCCUAUCCAAGUUGCCCGCCAGCUGCGCCUAAAAGUUUGUACUGUACGUUUCUGUAGCAGCCGUGAUUCCACCACCCUCCCGAAGAAGGGGGCUCUUUCGCCCGCCUCUCUCUCUCUCUCCCUCUCUCUCUCUCUCUCUGUCUCCCCCACCCCACCCCGAUUUCCCUCCCUGCCUUUCAGCCCGAGGUUUGCCCCGUUUUCUGCUUUGCUUCUGGGGUUCGCAUUGCACACACGACCAACGCUAUGCCCCGGAAGAGUAUCGUGGAGGUGAAGGUGCUGGACGUGCAGAAGAGGCGAAUCCCCAACAAGCAUUAUGUGUACAUUAUCAAGGUCACUUGGUCCAAUGGCUCAACAGAGGCAAUUUACCGACGAUAUAGCAAGUUCUUUGAUCUGCAGAUGCAAAUGUUGGACAAAUUUCCAAUGGAAGGAGGACAGAAGGACCCUAAACAAAGGAUAAUUCCCUUUUUGCCAGGCAAAAUUCUCUUCCGCCGAAGCCACAUCCGUGAUGUUGCUAUUAAACGUCUUAUACCCAUUGAUGAGUAUUGUAAGGCUCUGAUCCAGCUGCCCCCAUACAUCUCUCAAUGUGAUGAGGUUCUUCAGUUUUUUGAAACAAGGCCAGAGGACCUAAAUCCUCCUAAAGAUGAACCAAUUGGAAAGAAGAGAUCUGGAUUUAUCCAGAAAACGGCUUCUUUCCCGAGAGCUGGAGAUUUGUCAUCUGCUGAUCCCAUGGUCCUGGAACAAUAUGUGGUGGUGGCUGAUUACCAGAAGCAAGAGAGCUCUGAAAUUAGUUUGUGUGCUGGCCAAGUUGUUGAUAUAAUUGAGAAGAAUGAAUCUGGCUGGUGGUUUGUAAGUACAUUGGAUGAACAAGGAUGGGUUCCCGCAACGUGCCUAGAAGUCCAGGAUGGUGCCCAGGAUGAAUUUUCGAUGCAAACUGAAGAAGAGAAGUAUAUGGUGAUCUACCCUUACGCUGCUCGGGAUCAAGAUGAAAUAAACCUGGAUAAAGGAGCUACAGUGGAGGUGAUCCAGAAAAAUCUGGAGGGAUGGUGGAAAAUCAGAUAUCAGGGUCAGGAGGGCUGGGCCCCAGCAUCUUACCUGAAAAGAGGGAGUGGAGACCUACUUACAUCAAAACUGGGAUCUGCUGCUUCAGCCCAUUCACAUGCAUUGGAUAUGGAUGGACUUUCUCGACAGCAGAAUUCCCCCAGUCGAGACAAGGAUGGACCGAGUAAUCAAAGAGAUGGAAGAUAUGAUGGUCGCCCAUUGCCCAAUGUGGACCUUCAACGAAAGUCACCCAAGAUGAGGCAAAGACCCCCUCCGCGUCGAGAUCUCACAAUACCACGGUGUGUCAAUUUGCCAAAGCCUCCAGUGCCCCCACAGGUGGAAGAAGAGUAUUACACCAUUGCUGAUUUCCAGACCACCAUCCCUGAUGGGAUUAGCUUUCAGGCAGGACUGAAAGUAGAGGUAAUUGAGAAGAACCUAAGUGGUUGGUGGUAUAUUCAAAUUGAGGAGAAGGAAGGCUGGGCACCGGCUACUUUUAUUGACAAAUACAAGAAAACUAGCAAUGCAUGUAGACCUAAUUUCUUGGCACCAUUACCAAAUGAAAUGGCACAGCUACGGCUCGGGGACAGCACAGCAGAGAACAGCUUUAAUGGAGAUUCUGCUGGGCCAUCUCGACCUCUGCCUGAAGCACCACCUAAUGGUAUUGAAUAUGGAAUCAAAUGGAAAGGAAAGGAGAUGCCCCAAGAUGCUUUGCCUGAGAAUAGUGAUGCUUCUUUGUGUGUUGGGUAUGAAGAAAUAGGUGAUCGGGAUAUGGAAGAGAAACCAAGUCUUCCUCCAAGGAAGGAAUCCAUAAUUAAAUCAGAAGAGGAAUUAAUGGAAAGGCAAAGGUUGGAGCAGCGGCCUCCUCCAAAACCUCCUGGAAUGAUUUUGCCAGCUAUCCCCCCAAAGCAGAUCGUGCCUCCAAGGGACAACAAGAAGCCAGAGCUCAAAACAGAGAAGGGCAAAUUGUUCCAGUUGAAAAACGAAAUGGGUCUUGAGUGUGGACAUAAGGUUUCUCCAAAGGAAAUAAAGAAGCCCAACCUCCGGCCUACAAGCAAGCCAAUGAAACCAAAGAUUGAGCCCCCCGAGGAUAAGCCUGAAGCAACUACCCCAAACCUUUUUCUGAAAUCAAAACCUCAGAUCAAACCGAAGCCAGCACCUGCUCCUAGGACAGACCUUCCUCAGUCAGAGAACAAAUUAGAUCUUUGCAACCUGAGGAGCAAACUCAAGCCUGCAAAAGCUCAAGAGAAGCUGUUGGAGCAGGACCCUGUGGUUAAUGAGAGUGCCUUCAAUAACAGUGGACUUCUGGUAGAAUCUUCUGUCAAAUCUCAGGAAAAGCCCAACGUGGAGAUUACACCUCCUUCUAGACCUGACAGCCAAAUUUUUAAGGAAGCUCCUUUCCCCAAAGUUCCUGUGGGUUUAUCAAAGCUAGGUGAAAAUGAAUCCAAGAGCAGCUUUCCAGUACCCAGGGAGCCCCCUCAACGUCCAGUAGUACCUCCCAGAAGACCUCCACCUCCAAAGAAAUCAAGUGUGCCAGCACCCUCAGCUUCAUUUGCACCCCCUGCAGAACAUAAAGUCCCACAAAAGGAAGUGCCUGAAGUUCGAGCUGUCCCAGUGUCCAGUAGGCCAAUAUUGGUCCCACCAAAAGCCAAAGCCUUCCUGCCGUGUCCUGGCCAAGAGGAAACCAAACCAAAAGGCAGCUCUGGGCAAAAGUCAUUGCCCAAGCCUAUAGAGAAGGAAAGAGUAUCCAUUCCAAUUACCAACCUGGAGGUCUCCAAAGAAGCCCUCUAUGUGGCUGUGGCAGAUUUUGAAGGAGAUGAAGAAACUAGCAGUUUUAAAGAAGGGACUGUAUUUGAAGUCCGUGAGAAGAAUAGCAGUGGCUGGUGGUUUUGCAAAGUCCUCACAGCAGGGCCAUGUUGGGAAGGCUGGAUUCCUUCCAACUAUCUCCGAAAAAAGCCGUAGUCCUGUUGUUGCUUUUGCAUUACAGCAGCUCAACAAACCCCGUUUUAGUACUGCAAUAUUUAAUUAGCUUAUUUAUAGAUCUUCAUAAGGCCAACUCUAUUAGAAACAACAAAAAGCAAAGUAUCUGGGAUACCACACAUUCCAAUUUGGGUGUGUUUCCAAAAUGAAUUACAAGAGGAAACAUGCCAUUAUGUAGCAUUAUACCUAGGCUGCUCUUCCUUCUGUAGUUCAUUUCCUGAACAAUCUUAAGAGAAAAAAGGAAAGAGAGAAGAAGAGUCACUUUCCUUUUUCAGCAUCAUGUGCCAUUUAACCUCACUAAAUAUAAUCAUGGGCUAAGAAACUUCAUGGCAAGGACAAUAUAUAAGUAAUACAAUUCCAUAAUAGGGUACUUAGGUGCAAAGAGCUAUCCCGGUUGUUGUUGUUCAUUAUUUUAGUCUCCUGUCUCUGUAUUUUCUUCUGAUAUGAACAAUGCAUCUGCCAUAGCUCCCUUUUAUAUGACAGCUAGUGUUUUUAUAUAAGCACCAUGUCUGAAGACUUGCUAACGAAGUUCAAUGUACUCGCUGCAAUGCAGAUCUCUGUCUCACUUGGAUUUUUCAGUAUCUUAAUCUCGUUUCAGUAAAUGUCGAGGGCAUGACGUACAGGUUAUCCAUGUCCAUACGGUUGGUGCUGCAUCUUUGAGACUUGCUCUGCCAAACUUUUAUCUACAUCUUCUGACUCUUCUAGAUUUUGGCCCAUCUUUUCUAAAUCUAGAAGGUAACAGAAUGGGAACCCUCCAGAUUCAGCCUUUCUAAGAAAGUCUUUAAUGUUAAAGUUGUCCUAAAGGAAAUGUACGAAGGAUUUACCUCAGCCCUGUUAUCUCUUCCUCAUAUAUUUUACUGUGAGAGCUUUUCCAAAAAGCUUGGUUUCCUACUUUUGUGGUUUUUUUAGAAUGCAAGCUAGAUUGGCCAUGUCUUUUGAAACAUGCAGCCAGGCUAAAAGAACGGCACGCUCUAAGAGCUAUGUGAAUUGUUUGGAUCAUCUUGUUUAAAUCAUCUAGCCUGUUUAAAUCCUGGUCAACUAGUGACAGGUUAUGGCAAUUUUAGUGACAUGAACUGGAACCAAGAACCAUUUAAUAAGACGUAUUUCAAUUUUGGAGCUACAGCCAAGAAGUAGAAGAUUCAUAAAUAUGAAGAUUAACUGUAUGGAACUUGUUCUUCUAAAAGAUGCAGGGGCCACCUUUAUUCCUACUUAUUUCUGUAUACUUAAACGGACAAGCAUGAUUAAAAUAAAUGUGUGCUUGCCUUUCUUUUUUCUUUCAUACAGUAGAAAUACAUGAAAUAAGAACAUUCCCAAAAGUGAUAGCUUCUCAUUAUAGCCAUGACAGUUUUUAAACAAUUGAUGAUGCAGAGAUUUAAACUUCAUCAUUUUCAGUAAUUCUCACGUGUUCAAUUACAUUGUGGUUUGAGGGUGUAGGUGAGAAUCUGGUAUGCAGAAAUUAAGCAUACAAUUUGUGUUGAAAAGAUUUCACAGGAAAGAAAAAAAAAUACUAGUUUCAAAAAGGCAAUAGAGCAUUUGUGUUACAGGAAUUUGUCUAGUAAGCUCCCAUGAGCCGAAUCUCACUAAUUUUCCUGAAAUUAAAUCAGCUUAAGUCCAACUCUAAAAUUUGCCUGUAAAAAUCAGAUCUUGGAGUUUAAGUGGCUGCAUUUUUCUCAAAGGCAGGUCAGUCUGACUAUUACUUAGACAGAUUCAGGAUAUUAAUAAUAGGAAUAUGAUUCAUUUGUCAAUUUGAUUAGACAUGAGAUCAUCAGAAGUCAUUCUGAGAGAUCCUGCUACAUAAAAGUAGAAAUCUUACUUUUUGUUUGUCAUGACUGACUGCUCUAAUUUUACCAUUAGUCUCUAACUACUAUUAAGCAGUGGUUGAACCAUUUGCUAUUCUGCAACUUUUGUUCAACACCUAACUAUACUUUAGUUUCCUUCUUGGAACUAUUCAGUACGUGUGGUCUAGUGACAUUACAAUAUUCAUUUCAGAAUCUUUGUAUAACUAAAUAAUUUGUAUUAAAAUACAUGUUUCUUGUACAGUAUUAUUUACCCAUCUCUAAUCCUAAUCCUUUUCCUUUGCCCUAUUCCUAAAAACAAAGACAUUCCUAGAGUAGAAAGAACUAAAAACUGUUUCUAGUAUUUCUUGUUGCUUCCAUAUUUCUUUCUUGAAAAAACUUUUCCCAGAAAAUGGACUGAAGGAUCAGGAUGGUCUGGGUUAAUAAAGCACUCUGAUUAAGGAAGCCAUUACAUUACACAUCUGUGCCUCACUUUUUAUAUUACAUGGGAUAGACGCAAUUAUGAAGACCUGACUUGCUGGAGUAUGAGAAGAGUUGUUGAGCUAAUAUUUGUCUCAACACUUUUGUUGCCUUAUACCAAAAGGUAUAUCAUUC